UUCCCUCCAGGCAGUUCUCAAGCAUGAAAGCGAAAGCAGAGGCCGAGGGGCCCAGACCUUUGGAAGGUCUCAUGGGGAGGGGGUGACACAAUUCCCGGAGUGCAGAGUGUGCCCAGGAGGAUGGGCUCUGGUCACCAGAUGUAAGGUUAGGGCCCUGAGAAGCUGUGAGAGUCAAGGCUGCCUAUGAAUAAGGAUGAGCUAGAAAUAGACCAGUACUCACAGGACUAAAACUCAGUUCCAAACCAGUUCAGUCCCUCAUGGAAUUAAGGUAAUAGCCUCUAGCAGCCUGACAGAACCAGAAGUAAAUUCUCUCUGGAAAAAUAUAUCAUCCACGAGGGAUACAUAUAUGAAGUCAAAUUCUAUUCACUCAUGACAAAAGUCAAAUUAAGAGCAGAGAUGUAAUUUAUCUUCAGAAAAGCUAACAAAUGAAGUGUGUGCGUGUGUGCUAAGUUGCUUCAGUUGUGACCAACUCUUUACCACCCUGUGAACUGUAGCCCGCCAAGCUGCUUUGUUCAUAGGGUUCUCCAGGCAAGAACACUGGAGUGUUUGCCAUGCCCUCCUCCGGGGACCUUCCUGACCCAGGGAUUGAACCUACAUCUCUUAUAUCUCCUGCAUUGGCGGGUGGGUUCUUUACCACUAAAACCACCUGGGAAGCCCAAAGGAAGAAGAUAACACAAAGUCUAGUGAUGCUGACAAUGUUUUCAUACUAGAUAUGAGUAUCUUUGGUUUCUACUGAGACUUCUUUUUAAAAUUUAUUUAUUAAUUUGACUGCCUGAGGUCUUGUUUGUGGCAUGUGGGAUCUUUUAUUGUGGGGCAAGGGCACAUGGGAUUAGUUGCCCCAUGGCAUGUGGCAUCUUAGUUCCCUGACUGGGGAUUGAACCCAUCCCCUGCAGUGGAAGGCACAUUCUUAACCACUGGACCACCAGGCAAGUCCCUGCUGAGACUUACUUCUAAGCUUGAUCUUGCUGCCUUUUUGGAUCAUGUGAGUUCACACCUCUCCACCUAUGGUGACUGGACCUGAGGUACACACCUGUUCCAGCAGGUGCCAAUCAGCCACAGACUUGGCUAAGUCUUUUAUAUCCUCUUCCUCAGAAAUUUGAACUAAGAUAUACUGAGUCAGUCAGGAAGAUAUAGGUGAGUAUGAGAUCUAUAAUGUCAUGAAGAUUUGGGGUAGGUUGACAUUUUACAUUGUUUAUAUUGGAUGGCAUCAUUGACUCAAUGGACAUGAGUUUGAGCAAACUGCAGGAGAUGGUGAAGGACAGGGAAGCCUGGCGUGCUGCAGUCCAUGGGGUCGCAAAGAGUCGGACAUGACUGAGCAACUGAACAAUAACAACAACAAUAUGCUAAUAAGCCAGAAAUAAAAGCUGAUUAACAAAGAGCAGGAGCAAGAAGCAGAUAUGGGACAUGCAGUUCCCUGAGAGAUGGAUGGGACAGCUUGGUCCCCAGUUUCAGGUCCAUAACCCAUUUCCCCAGUCUUUGCUCAGCUUUUUGAUGUCUAUUUUUGGAUAUUUAUAAGACUAUUGAAGCCUUGACAUAAGCUUUCCUUUAUCAAAAAAUAUCAUACAGAACCUCAUGUGAUGUCUAUAAUUUCUUGUUUGUAGUGUUAGCAAUCAUUUUUUUUUUUAAAAAAAAAAACAGGCCUAUAAAAAGAACAAGAUUUUUUUAAGGGGAAACAUCAGUAGAAAAAAGACCCAUAAGAGAUUCAGAUAUUAGGAUUAUCUGACAUGGAAUUUAAAUUAAAUGAAUAUUUGUAAGACAGGAAAUUCAGCGGAGAACUGGAAACUAUAAAAAAGAAUCAAAAUGGAAAUUCUGGAACUGGAAAACCAAAUUAGAUGAAAUUAACUCAGUGGAUUGGAUUUAACAGAAGAUUAAACACUAUGUAGACAGAAUUAGUGUUGAGAAGAUAUGUCAGAGAAAAUCCAGAUGAAAGUACAGAGAAACUUUUAAAAUGUAGAAAAUAUGAAAACAAGUCAAGAGAUGUAUGGCACAGUAAAAAGCUGUAAAAUACACAUAAUUUGAGUCCUGGGAAAAGGGGAGAGAGAAAGUAGAAGAAGCAGUAUUUAAAGAAAUGUUUUUGUUUAGUCAUUAAAUCAUGUCCAACUCUUUUGUGACCCCCAUGGACUGUAAUGUUGAAUAAUUUCCAAAAAUUAAUGAAAGAAGACAAACCCCAAUUAGAGUCCUACAAACACACAAGCAAGACGAAUAUAAAGGAACAAGACUUAACUACAUACAAGUAGAACUUCUGGGGGAAAAAAAAAAAAGUCUUUAAGAAUGGCCAGACUAGGCGUUCGUCCCGGAGCCGCUCCUUCUCAGCUAAAGCAACCAGGUUUUUCCUCAGCCCGAGUAUCAGAACCUGCAGCCUCCAUCGAAGCGCCAUGGCUCCGUCUAGGAAGGGCGGCAGUCGGGUGGCCAAGACCAACGCGCUGCGGAACCGAAAGCUCGCCUCCUUUCUUAAGGACUUCGACCGUGAAGUGCAAAUGCGAUCCAAGCAAAUUCAGUCAGACAGGCAGAACCUCCUCAAAGAGUUGGAUAACUUGUACAACAUUGAGAUCCUGCGACUCCCCAAGGCUCUGCGCGAGAUGAACUGGCUCGAAUACUUCGCCCUUGGAGGAAACAAGCAGGCCCUGGAAGAAGCAGCAACAGCUGACUUGGAUAUCAGAAAUAAAUUAACAGCAGAAGCUACUCGAACACCCCUGAAACCUGCCAAAACACGAAAGGUAAUGCAAGUGGAUGAGAUGAUAAUGGAAGAAGAAGAGGAAGAAAAUAACAAUAAGAAUCGUCAAACUGCAAGAGUUAAAAGGUGUCCUCCAUCCAAGAAGAGAACCCAGUCCAUACAAGGAAAAGGCAAAAAUAAAAGGUCAAGCCAUUAUGCCACCGUUACCCCGUCUGUGGGCCGACUGGAGCUGUCUCUGGUGAAACCAACCCCGGGCCUGACACCCAGGUUUGACUCACGGAUCUUCAAGACCCCGGGCCUGCGUACUCCAGCGGCCAGAGAGCGGAUUUACAGUGUGUCUGUGAAUGGCAGCCCUCUUGCUGACAGCAAAGAGGUAUUCCUCACUGUGCCGGUGGGAGGCGGAGAGAGCAUGCGGUUAUUGGCCAGUGACUUGCAGAGGAUCGAUAUUGCACAGCUGGAUCCAGAGGCCCUGGGAAACAUUAAGAAGCUCUCCAGCCGUCUCGCUCAGAUCUGCGGCACCAUACGAACUCAAAAAUGAAGCUGCUAUUCCAAGACGGGACAGGAUGGGCCUUCAAUGGGCACUUCUGGAACCCUGAAGAGACCUCUUCCUUUUGGCUUACUGUUUGUUUGAGUGUGAAGUUCCAGCGCAGGGGGUGGCGUUCCUCUUGGAGAACUCAGGAAGCUUUGCUUUUGGCACCUCCAAAUCCAAGUGACAAAGACACUGCCUCUGCAUCCAUACAGUCCCAACUUCCGGGCCUUCUCUGAACUGAAUUCUCCUUCCUGCUCUUAGAGCGGCCGCCUCUGCUCUUUGCCCUGCCCCAACUCGGAGGAACCUCAUGUUCUCAGGAGGACUGUCAGUCACCCUCGGCAGGGAGCCCUGUGCAGCUGGGCUCCCAGCCUGAAGGCUGGGAGCUGUAAGCUCCAAGAAGGGAGCUCCACGAGAGGGCAGCUCCGAAGCUGGAAGGAACUGUGCGGAUGGGGCCAGGACCAGCCACAGCUGUGACCCCAGCAGGACACAUCUCCCCUCCCGUGCCCAUCCUCUCCCUCCUGCGGUGGGUACUGCUGGGGCUCUGCAGUCUUAUACCUGCCAUGCCCCCCAGGAGUCUUGUCUCCAGUUGAUUUGUGGACUAGUAUUGUGUAUUAUCCCUGUUCACCAAAGACCAAAACUUGGUUUGAGGACAGUUUCCAUGUCUUGCUCCUCUACCUCUCCAGUUAGUUCAGUUAGUGGGAAUCUGGAUAAGGGAACUGUAGGAUUUAGAUUAGUGUGGGGUUUUUACAUGACGGGUUGCAGUUGAACUCAAAGCUCUCUAGUCUCUGCCAGUUCUGUAGACUUUCCGAGAGCACUUCUCUCUUCUUAGGUUCAUGGGGGAGCGAGUGUAGCUGGUCUGGGGGCCCCAUUCCGUGCGUUUGGCCUCUGCCCUGGUGUGGGCUGUCCCGUGGGCACGGAGACCCCUGCGCCCCAGCCAGCCCUGCUGCCCCGAAGAAUCAUGGGACGUGGUCCAAGAACGUGGGAGCCGAGAGUUCCCGCCCCGCGCUCGGGAGCACAGUGGUGUGUGUGGUUCUUUGUUGUACUUUGUACUAUCUUGCUACACAACCAUCCUAGUAAUCCAGUCCUGUCCAAGAUAUGUUCUUUUCAAGUUGUCUUAUUCUCCCUUUCCUGAGACUUUUGUACAUAUUGUUUUCCUGAGUCGUGGUAUCUGUAAGCUGAUUUAUUCUGAUCAGAGCUACCGAAAGGUACCAGUUUUCAAUAAAGUAUGGAUUUGGAUUUGUUUUUAAAAAAAAAAAAAAAAAAAAG